AUGGCCGGCUCCUGCAUCGGCGUCAUCCUGCUCGUCAUGGCGCUCGAAGCCCUCCGGCGCGGGAGCCGGGAGUACGACGCUUACAUCGUGGGCAGCUUCGCCGCUACUACUACUACCUCCGCCACUUCCGCUGGGUACAGUGGCGUCGGGGUUGGUGCGGGAGGAAGCAAUUCUGAAUCGGGUGAGAAGGACGCGCGGGUGCGGAUAGGUGCGCCAGCGCCGUGUGCGCCGAGGAGGUUCAAGCCGACACUCCUCCAGCAGCUUGUGAGGGCGGGGUUGCAUAUGCUGCAGUUUGCUGUUGCGUAUUUCGUGAUGCUGCUAGCGAUGUACUUCAACGGCUACAUCAUCGUUUCGAUCCUGAUCGGGGCGUUCUUGGGAGCUUUUGUUUUCAGUUGGCAUGGUGUGGAAUUGCCGGGCGAGCAGAGGGAGAUUACUUACUGCUGCGGUUGA